UCCUCUCUACCUAACAGAAAGAAUAAAAAAUGUUUGCUUCUGUAGCUUUAGUAGCAUCGCUUGUAAAGAGUAAAGCUUUCCCUGUCAAUAAUACUCCUGUUGUAGACAGAGAGAUCAAGAUUUCACCUGAACUUGUGCAAGCUGUCACCGCCGAAUUAAAGAAGGAAAUCGAUGCUGCUUCCACUGCUGGCAGUCAAAGCACCAUUGUAGAUGAAGACGCAUCUAUUUUAUUACAGUCCAGAGUCAAGAAUGCAAUCGAAUACCUCUUGACUUCAACCAGCCAAGAUUCUCAAGUGCGUCUUGUCGAUGCCAAUCAUGCUGUGGAUUAUGUCACUUACGGCCUUUCUGAUAUUGUCUUUGUGUACCCCGGUGCAUCCACUUCCGGUUAUCUCGGUCAAGAGUUAUCUGCAUGGGCUCAACACUCAAUUCGUAACGCUCAUCAAGAUCUUGUCAAGGUUGUUCAAAUGGAAACCCGUGCUGGUGCUCUUGGUGCCGUUCAAGGUGCUCUUGCUGAUUCUCCUCACAAGAACUUGACCGUCUUGGCUUCUUCUCAAGCCUUGUUAUCUAUGAUCCCCAACUUGCAUCUUUUGGCUUCUCAACGUCAACCUGUUGUCUUCCAUGUUGCUGCUCAAUCGGUCGAUCAAGAUUUAGUUGCUUCUGCCAACGUUGACGCUGUCCUUGCUGCUCGUAAUACCGGUGCUAUCUUGUUGUCUUCUUCUAAUGCUCAAGAGGCUCAUGAUAUUGCGAUUGUCUCUCAUUUACUUGCUCGCUCUGUCGGUUUACCCGUCAUUCAUUUCUUCAACGGUGUUACCGCCUCCAAGGAAAUCGAAAAGGUAAACUUGACAUCUUUUGCUCAACUUGAUAAAUUAGCUGGUUCUGUUCCCACCACCAUUGCUUCCUAUACCGAAUCUUAUCAAGUAGCCAAAAAUAUCCUCAGCCAACUCAACUACAAGCCUUUUGAAUAUACCGGUGCUGCUGAUGCCGAAACUGUCUUGGUCACCUUGAGUGCUUCCAACCGCCCUGUUGAACAAGCUGUUUCUCGUGCUGCCUCUUUCUUAAAGGCCAGCGUCGGACUUUUAAGUGUUCGCAUCGUGCGUCCUUGGUCCGAAUCUGAUUUCAUCAGUGCUUUACCCAAAUCGGUUCGUCGUGUCAUUGUUUUGGAAGAAGGUGCUGGAUUAUAUGCUUUCAAUGGUCCUCUUUACUUGGAUAUUGCUGCUUCUAUCCGUUUCGGUUCCAUUGCUCGUGAUCAACGUCCUCGUUUGGUCAGUGCCCAAGCCACUGAUUUCUCUCAUCUUCAUGCCACACAUAUUCCUUCUCUCUUAACAGAAGCUGCCAAUGAAAGUUUCAUUAACCUUGCUGCUGAACCGUUCAGCGUCUCUGUUUCUGAUGAAACUCUUGCCCUUGAGAAGAGUGAUGCUGCUUACAGUGCUAUUUUCUGGGAUGUGGAACAAGAUGGUACUGCUACUGCUGCUAUUCAUGAUGCUCACUUGGUUCAUGCUAUCCAACCUCAAGCUCAAGUUUCUGCUCGUGUGACUCGUGAUGCUUAUCGUGUUGGUGGAGCUGUGACUCAUACUCAAUUGACUACAGGUGCCACUUCCGGUCCUCACAAGUUCAUUGGUAUCCAUAACGUGGGUGUGAUUGGGGAGUAUAACACUUUGGCUAACGCUGCCAAGAAUGUGACCGUUGUUCUUCAUGGUCCUUGGAAGCAUGGUGAUGAAAUUGAAGGUGUCUUAUCCAACGAGUUUAAGUUUGAGUUAACCGAAUUAAAUGCCAAGCUCUAUACCAUUGAUGCUGCUCGUAUUGCUCAAGAGUUGGGUUUGAACAUCAAGUCUACACAUCUUAUUUGGGAGGCUGUGUUCUUGAUCUUGGGUCAAAAGGUUGCUCAAGCCGAUCAACAUCUUGCUCGUCUCUAUCAAGAAUUGGAGGUCUCCAAGGAUGCUGAAGUCAAGCACACAUUGGCUUCCUUAACCAAGGAUAUCGUCACCUCUGUUACCAAUGAAUUGACUCCUGUCGAAUUAUUGCCUCCUUGGACUAUUCUUGAACUUUCUGAUAACGUCUUGCCUGCUUUGCCUGUGGAUCGUUUGGUCGGUGCUGAAGUUGAAGAAGAGGAAGAGGCUCAAGUUGUUGGAGAGGAUGAAGAGGGUGCUGGUGCAGAAUCUGGAAAAUGGCACAAGGCUGCUUGGCAAUUAAUGUUCAACGAAGCUUACAAGACCGAGAGUGCUGUUCGUCCUGAUUUACAUGAAUCUACCUAUGUUAUUCGUGUUGGUGAGAACAGACGUUUGACUCCCGAUUCUUAUGAUCGUAACGUUUUCCAUAUCGAAUUUGACACCACCAACUCCAAUCUCAAGUACGAGCUUGGUGAUGCUCUUGGUGUUCAUGGUCACAACGAUUAUACCGAGGUAGAAGAAUUCUUGCAAUGGUAUGGUUUGAACGGUAAGGAUGUUGUCUCUGUUAACCAUGGUGAAGAUGGUCAAGAAGUCAGAUCCGUUUUCCAACUUUUCUCUCAAACUUUGGAUAUCUUUGGUCGUCCCUCCAAGAAGUUCUAUGAGAGCCUCGCUGAAUUCGCUACUGACCCCAAGGAAAAGGAACAAUUAUUGUUCUUGGUCUCUCCUGAAGGUAAAGAGGAUUUCAAGAAGCGCGUGGAUGACACUGUCACUUAUGAAGAUCUCUUGCGUGAAUUCACCUCUGCCAAGCCCUCUGUUGAAGCUCUCGCUAGUAUCAUUGCCCCCAUCAAGCCUCGUCAUUACUCUAUUGCUUCAUCUCAAAAGAUGUUCAACAAUUCUGUUCAUUUAUUGAUUGUUGCUGUCGAAUGGAAGAACGCUAACGGUAAGGCUCGUUUCGGUCAAUGUACUCGUUACAUGACUAGCUUGAAGGUGGGUGACAAUGUGACCGUCUCCAUCAAGCCCUCCGUCAUGAAGUUGCCUCCUCUUGAUUCUCAACCUGUCAUCAUGGCUGGUCUUGGUACCGGUAUGGCUCCCUUCCGUGCCUUCAUUCAAGAACGUUACAUGGCCAAGGCUGCUGGUAAGGAUAUCGGUCCUGUUGUGCUCUACUUUGGUUCUCGUAACAGAUCUAUGGAGUACCUCUAUGGUGAAGAAUUAGAGGCUUACCAUGCUGAUGGUGUUCUUUCUCACAUGGGUCUUGCUUUCUCUCGUGAUCAAAAGGAAAAGGUCUAUAUCCAACACAAGAUGAUGGAAGAUGCUGAGUUAUUGAACGAGUAUUUGAUGAAGCAAAAUGGUCAUUUCUAUCUCUGUGGUCCUACAUGGCCUGUACCUGAUGUCAAGGAUGCUGUUGUCCAUGGUCUUACCAAGUACAGUGGUAUCACUGCUGCCAGAGCUUCUGAGCUUAUUGAAGAGUGGAAGGAGAAGGAAUCUUAUAUCCUUGAAGUUUAUUAAAUUCAUAAUAAAAUCAUCAUCAUUUUUAGAUGUUUGAAAAAAAAAAA